AUGGCCGCCAUCGGCGACUCCUACUCGGCCGCAAUUGGCGCUGGUGACCGGCUUGGAACUAUUGUCGAAGCACUUGACCCGGAGAGUGCAGCACACACGUUACAGUUCGAGUCAUGUUCUGGUGCAGUCAUAGCCAAUGUCAUCAACGACCAGAUCCCUAACAUCAGCGGGAACCAGCAGGUUAUAUUGCUAUCAGCCGGUAGCAAUGAUGCUGAGCUCUCAAACAUUCUGAACCAGUGUAUCUUCCAAUGGGCCGUAUUGAACCCCGAUCAAGUAGAUGUGGCAAAGGCAGCCACUCUUGCAGAUUCAAAUUAUGCAUGGGCGAAGAACUUUGACUGGGACUCAUUAGGUCUUGGCUGCGAUGGGCAGUUGGCUCGCACAAAACAACUCAUUGCUGGGGAUGCCUUCAGCAAGAGCCUGGAUUCCGUUAUCUCGGCGGCAAAGGCAGAGCUAGGAUCAGAUGGCAUGAUCUACUACACUGGGCAUUCGGCUGCAGUACAGAGAGCCGGUGACAAAGUCAAGUUUGUAGACUACGACUCUUACGUGGCCGCUUUUGUGAAGACGGUGUCGACGAAUCAACGGAUGAAAGCAACACAAGAACCGGUCUCGUGUUCUACGAGCGCAAUACUUGGGACCCCCUCGGCCGUAAUCCCUGGAAACGAAGCCAGGACGGUCCUCGGCUAUGUGCGAACCGGAUACCUUGGCGUGAGCCAACAGAAAUUCCUCACACGGCUAGGCUCAGGCAACUUAGCGGAUUGGACCGCCUAG